UCAGCGCCAUACUGACCCCGGGGCUGCCUCCCGGGAGGUUCCGAGGGCGAGGGCGAGGGUUUUGUGCUCACUCCUGCCUGGGUGCUUCUGUUGGCGCUCCUGCGAGAACAUGGUGCAGAAGUACCAGUCUCCUGUCCGCAUCUACAAGUACCCAUUUGAGCUGGUCAUGGCGGCCUAUGAGAAGCGCUUCCCCACCUGCCCGCAGAUCCCCGUCUUCCUGGGCAGCGAGGUCCUGCGCGAGUCCCGCAGCGCAGACGGGGCGGUGCACGUGGUGGAGCGGAGCUGCAGGUUGCGUGUGGAGGCCCCGCGGCUGCUGCGCAAGAUUGCCGGCGUAGAGCACGUGGUCUUUGUGCAGAGAAACGUGUUGAACUGGAGGGAGAGGACCCUCCUCAUUGAAGCCCACAAUGAGACCUUCGCCAACCGCGUGGUGGUCAACGAGAACUGCAGCUACACUGUCCACCCCGAGAAUGAAGAGUGGACUUGCUUUGAGCAAUCCGCCUCGCUCGACAUCCGGUCCUUCUUUGGCUUCGAAAGUGCCUUGGAGAAGAUCGCCAUGAAGCAGUACACAGCUAACGUCAAGAGGGGGAAGGAGGUGAUUGAACAUUACCUGAACGAGCUUAUCUCCCAGGGCACCUCUCACAUUCCCCGGUGGACGCCUGCCCCCGUCCGAGAGGAGGACGCCCGCUCCCAGGCUGGGCUGAGGGAUCCGGGCUCCCUGGAGGUUGACGGGCCCAUCGGUGCUCCAGGCUCUGCGCCUGAGGUGGUGGUUACGGACGGGGACAAGCUAGAUGCAGACUACAUUGAGCGCUGCCUGGGUCAUCUCACACCCAUGCAGGAGAGCUGCCUCAUCCAGCUGCGACACUGGCUGCAGGAGACCCACAAAGGCAAGAUUCCCAAAGAUGAACACAUCCUUCGGUUCCUGCGGGCUCGUGACUUCCACCUGGACAAGGCCCGGGAGAUGCUGCGCCUGUCCCUGAGCUGGCGAAAGCAGCACCAGGUGGAUUUCCUCCUUCAGACCUGGCGACCCCCUGCUCUCCUGGAGGAAUUCUAUGCGGGGGGCUGGCACUACCAGGACAUAGACGGCCGCCCCCUCUAUAUCCUGCGCCUGGGCCACAUGGACACCAAAGGCUUGAUGAAGGCUGUGGGGGAGGAGGCACUGCUGAAACAUGUUCUUUCCGUCAAUGAGGAAGGACAGAAGAGAUGUGAAGGGAACACAAAGCAGUUUGGCCGUCCCAUCAGCUCCUGGACCUGCCUGGUGGACCUGGAGGGUCUCAACAUGCGGCAUCUAUGGCGGCCGGGGGUGAAGGCCCUGCUGCGGAUGAUUGAGGUGGUCGAGGACAACUACCCUGAGACCCUGGGCCGGCUGCUCAUCGUGAGAGCCCCCCGCGUCUUCCCGGUGCUCUGGACGCUGAUCAGCCCCUUCAUCAAUGAAAACACCAGGCAGAAGUUCCUCAUCUACAGUGGCAGCAAUUACCAGGGCCCCGGAGGCCUCGUGGACUACCUAGAUAAAGAAGUGAUCCCCGACUUCCUUGGGGGAGAGUGUGUGUGUAAUGUCCCCGAAGGAGGGCUGGUCCCCAAGUCCCUCUAUCUGACAGAAGAGGAGCAAGAGCACACAGACCAGCUGCGGCAGUGGAGAGAGACUUACCAGUCGGCCAGCGUUCUCCGAGGGGCCCCCCAUGAGGUUGCCGUGGAGAUUCUGGAGGGCGAGUCAGUCAUCACCUGGGACUUUGACAUCCUGAGGGGGGACGUGGUGUUCAGCCUGUACCACAGCAAGCAGGUGCCCAAGCCUGGACCCCAGGAGCCUGGGGCCAGGGCCGGCGGGCAGCUGACGGACAAGGGCUGGGUCCUAGGUGUGGAUUACAGCCGUGUGGAAGCCCCCCUUGUCUGCCGGGAAGGGGAGAGCAUCCAGGGCUCCCAUGUGACCCGGUGGCCUGGCACCUACUUGCUCCAGUGGCAAAUGCACAGCCCCCCUGGCAAUGUGGCCUGCAGCAUCCCGGGUGUGGAGGAUGUCCUGACGGCCCUGCACAGCCCUGGCCCCAAGUGCAAACUCCUCUACUACUACGAGGUGCUGGCGUCUGAGGACUUCAGGGGCUCCAUGUCCAGCCUGGAAUCCUGCACCAGCGGCUUCUCCCAGCUCAGUGCCACCACUUCCUCCUCUUCUGGCCAAUCCCACAGCAGCCCCCUGGUCUCCAGAUAGCUGGGACUGAGCCCUGUGGGGCAGCCUGCUCGCCUCCCACGUUUCAAGUGUCCGUGAGGUCUGGGACCACGUGGGCUUCAGCCCUGGGUCUGGACACUAAGUGGGGGCAUCUGGAGCCGAUGGCAAUGAUCCAGCUCAUGCACUCUUCAGGAUGCAAGACAGAACCAUCUCCUUUGGGCUUCAUGUGAGGAAAAGCCAAGGAAUGGUUGGGCCACCUUUGGGCCUGCCUGGUCUGGGAGCUCAGGGAUGUCAUCAGGCUCAGCACCCCCUCUCCACCUCUGGCUCUUUCCCUGGGGCAGCCUCCUUCUCAGGUGCCUUCCCCACGCAGAGGGCCCCAUCACCAUUAGGCUCCCUCUCUCCUCCCAGCUCAGCUGUGGAAGAGAACCUCUCUCCCCCAAAGUUCGAUCCAACCUCCCAGAACUGAGUCUAAUCAGUCCAUCUGGGUCCCACACUAGUCCUUGAACCAAUCACAGUUGCCAGGGGAACAAAGAACACAGACUGGCCAGUAGGUUUCUGUCUACGAUCUGGACCAAUCACCAUACAGGGAUGGGGUUUCAGUGAUUGGCCUACCUGGACCACAUGCCUGUUCCCGAAGCCAACCACCUGGUUUGAAAAUCAUAAGGAGGUUGCCUCUAGGAAUACUGGGAUACCCGACAAGAAGAGGGAAAGAAUGCUGGGUAGGCAGAAAUGAUUGGCGUUCACAUCUGAUUCCCUAGCGAUGCCCUGUGUCCCAGACAUGCAUGGUGAACAGUUAUAUGAGUUACAGGCUCCACUGUCUGUGGGGAGCAGCCCACCCUGGAUCUGAAAUCCAUUUUCCCAGAGCUUGGCUAGGAAGGAAACCUGACCACCAUUGACUUGAGGAGGGUGGAGAGGCCCAGGCAGUGAUGAAGUGGCUCUAGCUGUCUUUAAACUCCUCUGGAGGUUCUUUUCUUUCUUCGGAGCAGUUUAAUUAUGAGUUUUUUGGUUGUGAGUCACAGAGACCCACACAAAAGGGUAACCAGUCAUGAGCACAUGUAAUUGGCCAGUCCAGGAUCUCUUGCUUCAGGUAAGGCUGGAUCCAGGACCUCAACAUGGCAUCAGGACUCCCCUUACGGGGAGGAGGAGGCUGUGACUUUGUUGUGUCUGCCCUAUGGCAAACCCGACCCCUGGAACCUGCUACUGAUAGACAGACGUUCCUUGAGUUCUGCAUGGGAGAGUUUUGGGUAUGCUCGGGGCUUGAGGACACUUCUCCUUUCCUUUCCUGGGCUCCCAAAAAGGUAACAAGUCACAGGUUACCAACUGGCCGACUGCAGUCUGAUCUGGCUUUUGUUUUUGCCUAUAGAGAGAUUGAAAAAUUAGGGCAUUUCACACAGAGAUCAGGAUGUCUAGUUUCCCUCAGGCAUUUGGGACUAUUGGCAAAAUGGGGCCACUGUUGCCAUGUAAAGGCAAGACAACUGUGUCUCCUGGAUGGGGGCCACCCCAGUCCUCACCCGUCUAUCAACCUAGUCCACAUCAC